AUGAUCUCAAAGACAUUCGUUUUGCCUGUCGAGAUAUGGCGAAUUAUUGUUGGUUACCUAAAGAUGUCAGAAGUCUGCUCCCUGGCAUUCGCAGAACAGCUUGAUCUGCGGCCCCUGUCAUCACCUGCCUGGGAGCGCUGUUUACAAAUGCUCUGUUUUAUCGAACUGGACGAUGAACAACAACAGUCAGUGCUGGAGAAGCUAUGCCGACAAGCCGAGACUGACUCUGCAAUGGUGAAGCUGAAACAGUUGCUUCAAUUCUACCGAACCGAGAUAGAUGAUGGAAGGUUUAUGAGGCAGCUGUUGGAGAGGGCGACGACUCGAAACGACACGGACUUAGCUUAUCAUUGCUUUCUAAUGGACAGGCAUUAUGUCCGCACACUCGGUCUAAUUCUUGCUGUCAAAGAUAAUCGACUGGGCAUGAUUGAGUAUUGGCUUGCUCAAGGUGCGGACAUUGACAUGUCAGUCAGUGAGGAGGCACACACAGCUCUUCAGAUAGCAUGUUGUAGUGGCAAAAUCUCUAUUGUCGAUUUACUCCUCACCUUUGACAAGUUUCAGUCGACAACACUGCAGGCCGCAGUCGAGUAUCAGUGCUAUACGAUGGUCGAGACCUUACGAGGAAAUGGGGAUUUCGAAGAAAUGAAGAAGUGCACAGAUUUUUUCGGACGCCUCCCAAUCCAAGUUGCUAUCGAUAAUGCGGAUCUUAAGAUGGUGCAGCUCUUAGCAAGUCCGAUUCACGUCAAGGACAGAGAAGGGCGCAACUUACUCCAUAUCGCUGUAAAAUGCAGUGUGGAAGCCGGAGAGCGCGAAGAGGCUCUCGAGAACAUCACAAAGUGGCUCAUCGACAAUGGCUGCGAUCGUACCGCUCGAAACAACGGGGGACACACUCCGUACGAAUACGCCCGGCGGUUGCGCGCACCGUCGUGGGUAUUUGAUUUACUACAUGUGCCUGUCCCUGGAGAUAGCAGUAAUCAUCCAAUUGUGAUUCCCGACGAUACGCCGCUGGACGACGCAUACACCACAAGCUUCGCGGGAGACCAACUCCCCGCCUCCAGUUGCCCCAGCCAGUCUACCGAUCGAUGCUUGAAAAAGAGAACACCGCAAAAUGGUAUUAAAUACAACCUCAGAAAACGCCAACGCCGGGUUUGA